AUGUCAUCGAGUGUGCUGAUCCCGAGCGACGUCUUCCCCACGACCAUCAACACGGCCACGAAGAUCUUCCGCUACCAGCACCUAAUGCCGGCUCCGAGUCCCUCCAGUGCUCCCGGCGGCGCCUCGGCGAUGCCCAUCAAGACGCGCAAGUACACACCCCGUGGAAUGGCCGGGGUCCUGGCCCGGUCAGGUUCCAACGGGUCCACCGAGGGCUCCUCCUCCUGCUCGCCGGGCUCCUCGCCGGCGCCGUACAACGUGGACCAGUCGCAGAGCGUCCAGCGGCGCAAUGCCCGGGAGCGGAACCGGGUCAAGCAGGUGAACAACAGCUUCGCCCGGCUGAGGCAGCACAUCCCGCAGUCCAUCAUCGCCGAUCUGACCAAGGGCGGUGGCCGGGGGCCGCACAAGAAGAUCUCCAAGGUGGACACUCUGCGCAUUGCCGUUGAGUACAUACGCCGGCUGCAGGAUCUCGUGGACGAUCUCAAUGGAGGUCCCUCCAACGCCAGUGCCAGUGUCAGUGCCAGUGCCAUGUCCCAGCUGCAGCUCUGCCUGGACGAGUCCAGUAGCCACAGUUCCAGCAGCAGUAGCUGCAGCUCCUCCAACUUGUACUACCAGAACGGAGGAAGCACCGCGAAUACAGCCACCACAACGGUGGCAGCCACGAAUCCCCUCCAGCAACAGCAGCAACUGCAGCGCCAGCAGUUCCCGCACCAGCCCCUGACGCCCAUAUCCUUGAACAGCAACUUGGCUGCGGUUGGAGUGACCGGUGCCGCCACGGGAGCCACCUCACCCACAUCCUCCUUCAACUCCAGCAUGUCCUUCGACUCGGGCACCUACGAGGCGGCUCCCCAGCAGCUCUCCGCUCACCUGGAUCACCUCGACCUGGACGGAGGCGAGGCCCAUGGACAUGGCCACAACCACUCGCAGCUGCAGCUCAAAUUCGAGCCUUACGAACACUUUCAACUGGACGAGGAGGACUGCACGCCCGACGACGAGGAGAUCCUCGACUACAUCUCGCUGUGGCAGGAGCAGUAG